AAAACUUGAAUUCGCUGUGCCAUUUCAUACCAUAAAUGAGGCUCGUCUUCCUAUGUCAACAUUAGUCAGUAGAUAUUUGUAAUUUGUUACUUUCAAAGAAUGUUUUCCUUUAGAUGACCCGUUCUGCUUUUUGGUGCUUUUUCGGUAUGGAGUUAAAGGAAGUAGAGAGCUGUUGCUGUGUGGUCAAGGUUCAUUCAGGGGGGGCUUCAGCUAAAAAGUUAAUCAGCUGCAGCGGUGUCAUCGUCCAUCCUCAGACCAGCUCCAUCAUAUGCACCGGCCUCCCGUUUUCACGGUUUAUUACCGACAGACAGUCCCUCUCGGAGUCUGGUGUUCUGUUCCCGCGCAGCUUCAGCAGCAAACUCAAAAUCCGCAAGGCGUCUUCCACUCCCCCUGGAAACAGACCAGGUCGGCAAACAGAGGUUUCAGCACAGCUGUUGAUGCUGGUGAACUGCGUGCAGUUCAAACAAGCCUUCCUGGGCGUUUUCAAGGAGGCAGAGCAGUGGCGUUUCCAUGGUGAUGAUGAUCAGGAUGAUGAGCUGAUCAGGGAUGCACAGUUCCUCAGCUGGUUUGCUGUGCUCAGGGCAGAUGUGUUGGUGGACAGCAACUCAGGUGCAGGGACCGUCCCCUGGCAGAGCAGUUCGUCUCUUCAGAAAGGCUGCCCGGUUGUGGCCUGUGGCUCUCCCUUUGGCUCCCUCUGCUUAGAUCUGUUCAUCAGCACCCUAAGCCGAGGGAUCAUCAGUAACCUGACUGGAGAAGACAAUGCUGUAAUCCUCACAGAUGCUCGCUGUCUGCCAGGGACAGAGGGCGGGGGGCUGUUUGCAAUGGAAGGUGCAGAGCGUGUGCGUCUCAUUGGGCUGAUUGUGUCUCCGUUUGGCUGGAAGGCGAACGAGUGGAUUGGCCUCACUCUUGUCUGCUCCAUUCGCUGCAUCUUCAGGGACAUCAUCCAGUGCACAAGUGAUCAGAAUCCUCUCUGUGAUGCUUGGCUCCAUUCAGGAGAAGCUGACCUCCACAUGUGCACGAGAGCUCAGGUGUCCGAAGCUGUUAAAUACCCCACUGUGUGCUUUGUGGACAGUGGGCAGGUGUGGGGCUCAGGGGUUGUUGUCACCCCAAAGCUGGUUGUGACCUGCCGGCACGUAGUCAACGGGAAGUCUUCAGUCACUCUGAAGUUCCAUCACAGAAGAAGAGUCUGUCAAAUUGUUGGUGACAUCUUGUUCUCCACCAAACCAUCUUCACCGUAUGAUUUGGCUUUUGUUGAACUGAAAGUACCCGUCCCAGAAGCUGCGCUCCCUCGAAUGUCACAGAGCUUCAUUCCAGGUGCAGCUGUGGUUGUCGUGGGAUACGGAGGGUUGGGUCGAAACUGUGGUCCAUCGCUAACCUGUGGUGUCGUCUCCAAAUCCAUCAGCGUGAACCGCCAGCCAGUCAUGCUCCAGACCACAUGUGCAGUCCAAGCAGGAGCCAGCGGAGGUGCUGUGGUGCACAAACAUUCUGGAGAGCUGCUGGGAAUUGUGUCCAGCAAUGCACGGGACGUGGCUGCAAGAGUGACUUAUCCGCACCUUAACUUUAUCAUCCCAGUGACGGUUUUCCAGAGAUCGUUGCAGGAGUUUCACCACACCAGAGACGCUGAUGUGUUCAGAGCACUGAACACUACAGAAACAGAAGCCAGGCGGGUGUGGAGGCUACAAGGUGCACAAAGCAAACUGUAA